AUGAAUUUGUGGUUUCUGGCGCUAUGGGUCACCUUGGUGAAGGCCUGGGUCGUCAACGAAGGUACAACAUGUGUUUUGUACCCAGAGUCCCUUGUCCAUAAGGGGCAAGCUGUCGAUGAUUCUCCAUCUAUCCAGCAAGCCUUCGAGACUUGUGGUACGAACGGAACCGUCAUUUUCUCUGACAAUGUGUUCCAUGUUAACACCGUUCUCAACACAACCAACCUGCUCAACUGUGAUGUUCAUCUCCGCGGUGAACUCCGCUUCUCUACCAACAUUCCAUACUGGAGAACACACGCAAUCAGUGUUGUCUUGCAGGACCAGGUCACUGCGUGGCUCUUCGGAGGCACCAACGUGAGCUUCUAUGGCGAGGGUGGCUUCUAUAACGGCCAGGGCCAGGCUUGGUAUAAUGCCAACCGAAAUGAGUCGAACCAGCCGGGACGGCCCAUGAGUAUCACUUUCUAUAACUCGACCAACCUCCUUGUCGACAGACUGAAAAUUAUUCAGCCGCAGUUCUGGGCCACAUUUGUCUGGGAUAGCAAGAAUGUGUCCCUAACUAACCUGUUCGUCAAUGCGACGAGCAACAGCAAAUGGGGGACAAUGAACACCGAUGGCUACGAUUCCUGGAAGAGCGAUACUCUGCUAGUUGAGAAUGCCACCAUCAUCAAUGGCGACGAUUGCAUCGCGGCCAAGGGUAACACAACGAACUUGCUCGCCAAGAACAUCUACUGCGAGGGCGGCACUGGAAUUACAGUGGGAUCGAUCGGUCAAUAUCCCGAUAUGCCCGACUAUGUUCUCAAUGCCACCUUUGAGAACGUGAAGAUCAAGAACUCCAUGGACGGCGCCUACAUCAAGACCUGGCAAGGCACUCGGAUCUACACCCCCAGCAAUGGAGACUGGGGUGGUGGUGGAACCGGUCUCGUGAAGAACGUCACUUUCCGCAACUUUGAAAUGGAGAAUGUCGGACUUCCAAUUCAGCUUUCGCAGUGUGUCUACUCGGCCAAUUCCAACAAGGGCUGUAACACAUCGACUUUGCAGAUUGAAGACGUGAAGUGGCAAAACAUUCAUGGCACAUCACGAUUCAACAUCGCGUCGUCAAUCUACUGCUCUGACGAGCGCCCCUGCCCUAACAUCACAUUUGACAACGUGAACAUCACCAGUGUGAAUGCCACUCUGGGUCUCCCUUACUAUGACACGGACAUUCAGCAUGAGCUGUUCCAGUGCACGAACAUUGUUGGCCAGAAUAGCUCUGGUAUUCCCUGCAACCAGGCCGCUCCGAGCAAUUUCAGUCAGUGGAUAUAUGGUAACGUCGAUAAUACUGGUUUGGCGACUCUUUCUUGA